AGAAAUGGCGUGGACAGUGCUUCUCCGUAACCUGGUGUUAGGAGUUUAUGGAUUCACCCUCAUCACAGGUCUCCCUGCCAACCUCCUGGCUUUUUACACCUUCUGCCAGAAGAUUCGGCAGAGGUCCACACCUAUGGAUGUCUUUCUACUGAGUUUAACUAUUUCAGACCUGCUUUUCCUCCUUUUUCUGCCAUUUCGUAUGAUAGAGGCGGCAAACAUGAAAUGGACGCUGCCAGACUUCUUCUGUCCGCUGUCAGGUUUUGUCUUCUUCUCCAUGAUCUACAACAGCACCCUUCAUCUGACGGCCAUCGCUGUCGAGCGCUACCUGGGUGUAGCAUUCCCCAUAAAAUACAAGUUAAAACGCCAUCCCAGAAAUGCAGCGAUAGCCAUAACUUUUUUCUGGUUGAUUUCCUUUGCACACUGCAGUAUGGUUUAUGUCAUGCAAUACCAUUAUUUAAACCCAAACAUCACCGCUACAUCCAAGAGGAACACGUGCUACGAGGAAUUCAAUAAAGAACAGCUGAGGAUCCUUCUGCCGUAUCGUCUGGAGCUUUUCAUUGUGCUCUUCUGUGCUCCACUUCUCGUCUGCUGCUUCUGCUACAUCAAGUUCAUCCACAUCCUCUACAAUCUACCCAACAUCAACACCAUGAAGCGAAGGAGAGCCAUCGGGAUGGCGGUGGGAACCCUUCUCGUCUUCAUUGCCUGUUUCAUGCCAUUCAGCCUAACACAUGUUGUGGGAUAUAUUGGAGGCUAUAGCACAGAAUGGAGACAGUAUGCUUUGCUUACCAACACGCUGAACGCGUGUCUCGAUCCUUUCAUAUUCUACUUUUCUUCUUCAGCAUUCAGAGAGAUUUUCAAGAGCAUCUUGCGAGAGCUGCUCAGGCGCAUGGCCAUGCUUUGCUGUCGCUCAGCUCUUUACUGCCCCCUAUUGAGAGGUGGGAUAGCAGGGGAGAGAGUUCAGCGAUCGGACAGUUCCCACUGAUGUCACAACAUAA